AUGAUGAGUGUUAUUAUUUAUUACCUAAUUUUAAUUUCAAUAUUUACUAUCGAAAUUAAUGCUUAUCGAGGUGAUUUUAUGAGCAGUGUAAGAGAUGGCUACAACCGAUAUGAUCCCGAUUCAACACUCAAUGGUUUUUUUCCAUUUUGGGGUAUUGUUCUUUUAUUACUUUCAUUUGUAUUUCUCUUGGUUGCUGUAUUGGGUCUUGUCGGUUAUUUCGUUGGUUGUCGAGCGCCACCAGAAAGGCUUCGUCAUCAACUUGAUCCGGCAACUUUUUAUGCUUGA